GUCCAUCCCAACGGGGGCGGCUACAGAGCGUCGCUAUCCACUCCCUCGUGAUAACUGAGACCGACGACACGUACAGCUAGCUACUGUCGCGUGGCUGUCUAUCACUAUCAGAUCAGCCGGGGCCUGACAGACACGAUCCUGGCACCGGCCACCGCCGUGAGACUAAAAAGAAGCGGGGCGGGAUACGGCGGACCGAGAAAGAAGCGCCAACGCCGAGCAUGGCUACCACGGUCCUCGCCGUGACGGCUUCAGCAGCUCCAGCGCCGCCUUCGUUGGGGGCUGCGCGCUUCAGCCCGGUUGCAGGACCUGCUGUCACUCUUAGAACGCAAUGUUGGAUUGCUGCCAAGAUGAAGCUCCACAAGGCCCUGAGGAGGCAUGGAUCGCAAGUUCAGAGAAAGCUGGAAAUUCAAGGGGUUGGUAAAAUUCCUGACUGCUUCAAGGUUGCAUCGCUGACUGGAAGGAUAACUCGUCGGAAUGUACAGCUUGCUGAUGAAACUGGAGGUGAAACAGCAAAUACAAGCUCUGUUAUGUCAGAUAACUCGAUCGAUGACAAAAGUUCAAUGCAUCUGGGACUCAACCACUCUGAAGCUGAUCGUCCUGUACUAGAGGAAGGCGUUGUUCUGUUUGAUAACUUUGAUGACCAACCUGAAAGUAUACCAUCUCUUUGCAUUGCUGUCAUUGGAGCUACUGGCGAACUGGCAAGAAGUAAAGUCUUCCCAGCACUAUUUGCUCUGUAUUACAGUGGUUUUCUUCCUCAGAAUGUUGCCAUAUUUGGAUAUUCUAGAAAGACAUUAGCAGACGAGGAUUUAAGAUCCAUGAUUGAAGCCAAUUUGACCUGUCGGGUAGAUCACCAUGAAAACUGUGAAGAAAAGUUGAAUGAAUUCCUUAAAAGGACAUACUAUGUCGAUGCAGGACAUGAUAACAAAGAUGGGAUGGCGAAACUAAAUUCGAAAAUGGCACAGAUAGAGGGCAUUUGUGCAGCAAACCGGAUAUUCUACCUUGCUGUUCCCCAAGAGGCACUUCUUGAUGUGGCAUUGCCAUUAUCUGACAGUGCCCAAACUAAGCAUGGCUGGAAUAGGAUAAUUAUUGAGAAACCAUUUGGCUUCACUAGUUUGUCCUCACAACGGGUAACACAGUCUUUGCUGUCAAGAUUUGAAGAGAAGCAAAUCUACCGAAUUGAUCAUCUUUUGGGGAAGGAUCUAAUUGAAAAUCUCACUGUCUUGAGAUUUUCUAAUUUGGUGUUUGAACCUUUAUGGAGUAGGAAGUACAUACGCAAUGUGCAGGUCGUUUUUUCUGAAGAAACAUCAGCAGAAACACAAGGGAGGUACUUUGGAAACUACGGGAUAAUCCGUGACAUAGUGCACAGCCACAUUCUUCAAACGAUAGCACUAUUUGCUAUGGAACCACCUGUAAGUCUUGAUGGGGAGGAUAUCCGCGAUGAGAAGGUGAAGGUGCUCAGAUCAAUUCGAAAAGUGGACAUUGAGGAUGUCGUCCUUGGUCAACUCAAAGAUGCCUCUGGUGACGUUGACCGAUAUACAAAAUCAAUGACACCUACCUACUUUGCUGCCGCCAUGUACAUUGACAAUGCACGUUGGGAUGGGGUACCUUUUUUGAUCAAGACUGGAAUGGGACUUAUGGAGAAUAGAGCUGAGAUUCGUAUUCAAUUUCAUCAUGUCCCUGGCAAUAUCUACCGUGAACGUUUUGGUCAUGACAUAGAUCUCGACACAAAUGAGCUGGUUUUACGUGACCUACCCGAAGAAGCCAUUCUCCUGAAAGUCAACAAUAAGGUCCCGGGUCUUGGGCUCCAGUUGGAUGCUUCAGAGCUCAACCUACUUUACAGGGACAGGUACGACGUUGAAGUUCCAGAUUCAUAUGAGCAUCUUCUUUUGGAUGUUCUAGAUGGCGAUAGUCAUCUCUUCAUGCGCAGUGACGAAUUAGCUGCUGCAUGGAGCGUAUUGGCACCUAUACUCCAUGAGAUCGACCAGAAGAGUGUUGCUCCUGAGCUCUACGACGCUGGGGAUAAAGGACCAAUUAAUGCUUACUAUCUCGCUGCUAAACAUGGAGUCCGAUGGGAUGAUGGCUGCUGAGAUGAUACUUGGGAGCUGCUCAAUGUAUUUCGCUUCCUUCUCCGUGUGUAGCAAAAUCUGUUCGGUGAACUAAAACAAGACAUUGAGAAAAAAAAGGUAUUUCUUGCUUGUUGAUUCAAACCCUUCGAAGGUGGAUCAAAAGGUACUAUUACCCACCAAGCCGAUAUGUUGCACCCGACAAUGAGGAUGUAGUAGUGCAUUGAGCGAAUCGUGUGGGGUGACUUGUGUAAAUUGGACCUUAGUAUGUGCUAAUAGUUGCAAACAUCUUAUGGAAAUGUCUCGGUGCCAUGUUAAAGGGAAACGCUUAUAGCCGGUCGACCGGCUGAGUUUCCGCCGGUUGCACCGUUCACUCUGCCUUAUCUUAUCUCUCCAUUACCUUAUCUCUCCAGGAACGACCAGAGCCACUCCUUUUUCUCCUCGCCCAUGGACGCAUCUCGUCUGCGAGCUCCGCUUUUCCCUUUUCUCGUCUUCCCCUCUUCUUCCAUGCGUCCCCCGCUCCCCCCACCGGCGGCAGGCUGUGCUGGCCGGCCAUGGCAGCUCGUCGGCCAAUCGCCGCACACAGAAUCCACCUCACUUUUUCCACCCUCAGGGGUUCAUCAAGCUCCUGCUCCUCUGCCAAUCACUAGCACCACACCAGUGCCCCCCCCCCCCCGCGCGCUGCUGCUACCACGACGUAGUGCAAGCUCCAGGACAAGAGGUGUUGGAACCGGCAGAGGGCGGUGCUGCGACCGUUGUCAUCUAAAGCUGGAAUCAAGAGGUGCGGCUCCUGCAAGCCCCGGCCGCGGUGCUGGAACGACGGCUAUGUCGUGCUACGACGGGCAGACGAGAUGCUGGAACCGGCCUUGGCGGGAGCUACAAUCAGUGGCCUUUUUUGCUACAACCGUUCUUUUGUUUUGCUGGAAUUAGCGACCUUUUUUGCUAGGAUCUGUAAUUUGAGAUGUUUUUUGCUGGAACUAUCUCUAAUUUUUGCUA